CCCCCAAGCAAAGGCAGGCUCCCCCCCUUGUAACAUUAGUUAAGAGCAUUGAGUUAGUCCCUCCUGUGUGUUGGGCUGGCUCCCGGACCCUUGACUUUUCAUCGACUAAUGCACUGCUUGUCAUAAAAUUAGUGUUAUUUCCCCCAUUUUAUGGACAAGGAAACCAAGACUUAGGAAUUAUGACUUUUCCGAGAUCACACACUCUGGGCGAAACAGAUUUGUCCAACACCCAAGGCUGGUCCCCGACCCAUUUAUUAGCAGGGACUGAGCUAUGGGUUCAGCCCACCUCAGCCAAAAACAUGAAGGCGACAUCACUGGCCAAGACCAGAGGAAUCAAAUGAGUGGGUUGGCAGCACAUCUGAAGAGCAGAACCACUUGGAGGAGCCAGAGCCUGUGACCUCUUCAUCUCCACCCAGCUGGGGCCAGUGACCAUCCUCAGCAGUUGACAUCACAAGAAAGACUUGGGGACUUGGGAGUGCUCAGGGGAGCCUUCCCUUGGGACAUGGCGCUUUGGGGUAGAAUGCUGCAGGCCAUCCUGUCUGGCCUGGGGAGGAGGGGAGGCACUCCAGCCUGGGCCUUCAGCUCCUCGCCACCCCAUCUGCCUCAGGCAGGGUUGUUGAGUGCUACAGAGCUGGUCAGCCAUUGGACAGCGGUCUUUGAGAAGAGGGGCAUCCCCGAGGCCCGGGAAUCCAGUGAGUACAUCGUGGCUCAUGUCCUUGGAGCCAAAACAUUUCAGAGCCUAAGACCAGUACUUCGGAUGCAGCCCCUGACCCCUUGGCAACUACAGUGCAUCCAGGAGCUGAGUAGCUGCCGAUUGCAAAGGAUGCCUGUGCAGUACAUCCUUGGUGAGUGGGACUUUCAGGGGCUCAGUCUGAAGAUGGCACCCCCAGUGUUCAUCCCUCGGCCAGAAACAGAGGAGCUGGUUGAAUGGGUGCUGGAGGAGGUGGCCCAGAAGCCCGGUAUGGUGGGAGCCCAAGGUGGCCCCCUCAUCCUGGAGGUGGGCUGUGGAUCGGGAGCCAUCUCCCUCAGCCUGCUGAGCCAGCUUCCCCAGAGCCAAGUCAUUGCUGUGGAUAAGGGAGAAGCUGCCAUUGCGCUGACCCAUGAGAAUGCUUGGAGGCUUCAGUUGCAGGACAGGAUUCGGAUAGUCCCCCUGGAUGUGACCUCAGAGGGGAGCUGGGCACACCUCCAGCCUUGGGGCCCCAUGGACCUGGUCGUCAGCAACCCUCCCUACGUCUUCCACCAGGACAUGGAGCAGCUGGCCCCUGAGAUCUGCAGCUAUGAAGACCCAGCAGCCCUAGACGGUGGGGAGAAGGGCAUGGAUAUCAUUAUGCACGUCCUGGCCCUGGCCCCGCGGCUCCUGAAGGACUCUGGGAGCAUCUUCUUAGAAGUGGACCCAAGACACCCAGAGCUCGUUGGCAGCUGGCUUCAGAGCCGGCCUGACCUGUCCCUUGAUCUUGUGUCUGUGCGCAGGGAUUUCUGUGGGAGACCCCGGUUCCUGCAUAUCCGGAGGUCUGGGCCAUGGGGUGGCUGCCCUGGAGACUCCUGGCCGGGGCCUCAGCCUGCCAGGGUGCCCAGAUGAUGCUUCUUCCUGGAAUGCUCCUUGGAGAGAGGUGGAUGGGGCCUUGCAGAGCCCGAGACCCUGGGGCCUUCCCAUGGCUCUGGGAUUCCCCCUGCUCUACAUUUCUAGGAGACUCUGGGGCAGAAGGAAGGGCAGGGGUGUCUUUCCCGGGUCAGCAAAGAGCAAGGGCACCCUCAGUCCUGAGCAGACCCAGGUUCCCAGUCUGGCUCCGUCACACCAGUGUGGCCAGUGCAGGUUGCCCAGCGUCUCUGUGGAUGGAACAGCUUUGGGAUUUGGAAGAUUUGACUAAUAAAGUGUUAGGAGACUGACAA